AGCGAACAAUACAGUCAGGAUGGCUAAAGGUGACCCGAAGAAACCAAAGGGCAAGAUGUCUGCUUAUGCCUUCUUUGUGCAGACGUGCAGAGAAGAACAUAAGAAGAAAAACCCGGAGGUCCCUGUGAACUUUGCAGAAUUUUCCAAGAAGUGCUCUGAGAGGUGGAAGACGAUGUCCGGGAAAGAGAAAUCUAAAUUUGAUGAAAUGGCAAAGGCAGAUAAAGUGCGCUAUGACCGGGAAAUGAAGGAUUAUGGACCAGCUAAGGGAGGCAAGAAGAAGAAGGAUCCUAAUGCUCCCAAAAGGCCACCGUCUGGAUUCUUCCUGUUCUGUUCAGAAUUCCGUCCCAAGAUCAAAUCCACAAACCCCGGCAUCUCUAUUGGAGACGUGGCAAAAAAGCUGGGUGAGAUGUGGAAUAAUUUAAAUGACAGUGAAAAGCAGCCUUACAUCACUAAGGCAGCAAAGCUGAAGGAGAAGUAUGAGAAGGAUGUUGCCGACUAUAAGUCAAAAGGAAAGUUUGAUGGUGCAAAGGGUCCUGCUAAAGUUGCCCGGAAAAAGGUGGAAGAGGAAGAUGAAGAAGAGGAGGAGGAAGAAGAGGAGGAGGAGGAGGAGGAGGAUGAAUAAAGAAACUGUUGAUCUGUC